AUGGCUGGGUUUGCGGGCACAGCACUGGACCUGGCGAAUCAGUUGGCUCAGAAAGAGGAGGCCCAGAAUUGGGACAAGGCAGUUAUAGAAGUCACCUACACCUUGUCCGCCUCCAUCGCCGGUAUCGCCUACGGACCACUUCUGAUCAACCCCCUUGCCCAUGCCUUCGGCCGUACCGCUAUCAUCUUCUGGUGUCUUCUCUUCGCCAUGGCAUGUGCCAUCUGGUCAGCUAACAUGACCGGUCGAGACGACUAUGAACGUUUCGUGGCGUCCCGCCUGUUCGAUGGGAUUUUUGGAUCCAUCCCGUCCAUCCUGGGAGUCGGGUCUGUGUACGAGAUGUUCUUUCUGCAUGAGCGCGGCAAGGCCUACGCGGCCUUCCAUGUCUCUUUUCUCUUCGGGACAGUGGCUGGUCCCACCUUUGGCGGCUUUAUCGUACAGCAUACAGAUUGGCCGUGGGUAUUCUGGUGGGUGGUAAUCGCACAGGGUCUUGUGCUUGUGCUGGCGUUUUGCUUCCUCGAGGAUACCAGUUAUCCACGCGAUGGGACGACAGUGCCCACCCGGAAGCCUACAUCCUUCUGGGCUAAUCGGAUGACUACCUUGCUUCCACACAAGACUGGAAUUGGUCGUUCUGAGCUAGGACGUAUUGCAUGUCUCCCCUUCCGCAUCGGCCUGUCCCCCAUCGGCCUGAUGAUCGGCCUGUUCCAAUUCGCCUCCUUCGGCUGGUUCGUGGCCACCCACAGUCUCAUCACCGUCUGGCUUGAGAAACCCGUGACCGUCGGCGGAUGGGGGUUUACACCCCAGCGGAAUGCCUUCUUCAUCUUCUCCCUGUGGGCCGGCCUCCUGACUGCCGAGCUCUGGGGCUACCUCUGCAACGACCACAUCGCGCUCUGGGUCUGCCGCACCCGCAACAAAGGGGUCUGGAAGCCCGAAUGCCGGCUCCACACGCUCUGGAUCCCGUCGCUCGUCAUCCUGCCCAUCGGCCUGGGCAUCGUCGGCGCCGCCCUGCAGUACCACCUGCACUACAUGGUGCUAGCGCUGGGCGCUUACCUUAUCACGUUCGCCUCAAUGAGCUCCGUGCCAGCCACGGUGACGUACGCGAUCGAGUGCGUCGCCGCGCAGCCCACCGAGGUGGCCGCAUUCAUGGGCGCAAAUCGCCUUUCCUUGGGACUGGUGAUCCCCUUCUUCAUUAACCAAUGGGUAGCUCGGGUCGGGUUUGGAUGGGUUUACGGGAUGAUGGCCUUCUUUUCGAUCUUCGCGUUCACCUUCGUGGUGGGACUGAUGGUCUUUGGGGACCGAUUGCGGGAGCGCACGCUGAGCAGUUUGGCGUCGCGGGAGAUUGGGACAAAGAUUAUGAAUGAUUUUGAAGAAGAGGUGUAA